UUCUGGAAUAUCAUGAGUUCUCGCAGUAAUCGUAUAUAGUGUCAGAUUUAUGUCUCAAUUUUUUCUCAAGGUGAACAAGGAACUGCAAGUACUGUACUGUACUUACUAAACUCCUCUGGGUAUUAUUUCAAAGCGAAGUGAAACUCAACAUAUCAUGAUUUCUUGGCGUCUGUUGCUCACGUGUGGAUCUAUUUUUGUCGCAGUCAUCCGUCCAUCGCAUGCCAUUGAAGAGGUCAAGGCAUCUACUUGCAGUAUCAAUCUCGCCACGCCUUAUUACUGGGAAGUUUUCCAAUUGACACCGACAGGGAAAGUUGUCUUUUCCUUCAGUACUGCUGAUGCGGAAGCUGUCGAAGCAACUGAAGUUAUUCCGGGUGGCUUGUCUUUAGAAGACUUCACUGUGACAUUCGAUGUUUCGGAGCAAACAGGAAAUGUGACGCUAAAAAACAGUUUAGUGGACACCGACGCUAGCUCAAACGCAUACGUCAAUUUCAAAAUGUUUUGCACAACGUCGGAUGGAUCACAAGGGGGAAACCUAACAGAUUUAAGAAUCCAGUUAAUGGACUCGAAUACAAACCCACCGGUGUUUUCUGCAAAGGAUUACACAUUCAACGUACCUGAAACCUUUCCGCUAAAUGUGGAUUUAAGUGCGUUUGGAUCUGUUAUCAGCACAACGGAUGCCGACACCCCUGAAAACAGCAAAGCUGCUUUUCGGUUUUCCGGCGAAAACGCGGCUUUUACAGAAGAAUUCUUCUACAUCGAAUCAACACCAGAAGGAUCAGGCAAUGAAGUUGUUCUGAAAUUGAGGAAAGCUCUCAACUUCGAUCAGAUCAAACAAUUUUCAUGCCAGAUUACAGCCGAAAAUCCGAGUACACCGGAUGAUCCUGACGGGAUUCCUCAAACGGCUGUUACUGACCUCGUAUUAAAUGUGGCUGACAUGUUUAACGAGCCCCUGUCGUUCAGCAGACUCAUGUAUUCCCUAAUUGUCGAUGAUCCCAGUUUAUCCACAGAUGACCACCUCGUACCAACGGAAGAAGAGAUGCAAAUUCAAAAUGUCGCCGCAGAACACGGGGCUGUGAAAUAUAGAGGAAUCGCGAGUGAAGAUGUCUUGAACCAAUUUUUCAAGAUCGAAGAAAAUGACGGAAAGGUGAAAUUCACUGGAACGUCAUUCGAAGAUUUGGUUCAGGCGACAUCUAAGCUAGAAAAUCAGCUCGUGUUCCUCGUGGAGAACACUGCCUUGGAGUUCACGCAACAGUCGUAUAAGUUCAACGUGUAUCCAGUCCCAACGGGGCAACCUGUGUUCAAAGUGGAAGCGAAGACGAAUUUGCCUUCACAGAUAGUUUACUCCUUAGAAGAAGAUGCCGGAUACUUCUUAAUCGACUCCAACACUGGUGUGACGAUCGCAAAGAAAGACUUGGAACUCACGGAAAGAUAUUCAUUGGUCGUGACAGCUAGACUCAUUGGCUCAUCCGCUCGAACGUCUGUGGAGGUUGGUGUGAGGAAACUGGUCGCCUCAGAUUCCCAAGACGGCGCCAGCACUGGAAGCACCAAUGCAGCCAUUGCUCUUGGUGCGAUUCUCGGGGUCGUUUUGAUAGCAGGAGGUGUUUUCUUCUACAGACAGCAUAAGCGCCUCAAGGCGAAGUCAGCGUUCAGGGCAUAUCGCGACACAUUGAAGAUCAAAGCUGGCGCAUCGGACACAGUUCUUGAGGAGAAAACUGCCGACAACACGAACGAAGGAUUCGACGGGGAACUGACUGAUGUCGUCACCUCCGACCUUGUCCCCGCCGCCACUACUCAAGUCGACGGGGAAAAGCAGCUUGCCACUCCGUCCGAUUCAUUCUUUGAUGAGAAGCAGGCGGUCCUGAAUGAUGUCGAUAACGGAAGUGACGGGGAUGACACUUCGCGUGACGUGCGGAAGGAGGAAUCGGAUGAGGAAGUCGAAGGACCAGAGAGCAAGAGAGUACGUCGCGUAUCAUUUGCUCAUCUUGACCCAGUGAUCAUCGACGACGAUGACGACGACGACGACACUGAGGCCACAGCAGAUGACGUAGACGAUACUACAAACCUCUGAAGCUUUGGGGCUUUUUUUUUAUUUAUUUAUUCCGAGCCCGGUUUUUCAUCGCCUGUUUCCCAGAUAUCACCAAAAACGUUGACAGAAAAUGAAAGAGAGAAGCAACGUCGGGAAUGCAUCGGCCAUAAAUGUCUUGGGAUCCGCGUGAGAACGUCGAAGAUUCCGUCGAAUGUUGUCCUUUUGUCGUUCGAGGUUUCAGCUUUUUGUGGCAUUUUUCUGUUAUCGGUUUUUCCUCAAAGAAAAAAAUCAAAUCGCUGCAAGGGAACGUGCUUACAAUGCACGUCUUUACGACUCGUAUGUGUGAUAUCUAUGAAUUCUAUGCCAUUGAGCCGGUGGCGAUCUUACAGACCGCAUAUCAUGGGAUGGAAUAGCAAUGUCCCAGACUUCUAUAGUCUGUGUUUUGUCAAAUUUCGAUUUCAAUGCUUUUCCGAUAAGGACCACAGAAAAAGUUUCAAGUAUAAAUAACAGAAAUCCAGUAAAAUAAUUAUUCAUAAGAGGAAAUAUUAACUUUUCAUCUUAUUAAAGUGCACUGAUAACACUGCGGGUAUUUAUUUUACCUAUUUUUAAAAGGACGAUAAUUUUCGGGGGAAAUUAUUACCUUUCUCAGUUUUCGGGGAUAAGAUUAGAAAUACGUACGUCUACUGAAUGAAAUUCACUUUUUCAUGAAAUCCGGAGAGUUUUUUGUCAGCAACGGAAACUUCUAUUGCUUGUAAAAGGAUCGUACAAGUAGCAUUCCUCGGAAAAUCUCACUGAUUCGCACAUUUCUUUGCAUGAAUUCCCUUUAAUGUCUCCGGAACGGUUCUUUAUUUCGAGAUAUCUCUUAUUCAUCAUCACACAAAUUUGAAUCGGAAGAAGUCUAGAUUGAAUUCCUCUCUUUAAAAAUUAAUUGCAAACAGAUUUCUUCGCUUUAAAUUUUUUUUGGGGAAAACUGCACCUAUAGCUGUCGAGCAAGUCACAGGUCACAGCUAGCCUUUCAUCAUGGAAAUAAGCUGGAAUAAAAGUUGAAUGACGGGAAGAAAAGCAUAAUCUGCAUAAGUCAACACUUUGGCGAGGAUAAUGAAAAAGGAGCGGAUGUGUUUCAUAAGGUCCGUUUCCCUACUCCGAGCAAUGUAAAUUUUCAUUCGACUUCGAGGGUAGAAAAUAUAGGGCUCUAAAAAAGAAAAGAAAACGGCAGUUCCCAGACGUCAGUGCAAACAUCCGAUCUUCUGCAUGGCGCAAACGAGAACAUGUUACCGACAUUUGUGAAAGACUCAGUACGCCAAAGAAGUCACUCAAGGACUACAGCAUACUUCUUUUAUGCCAAAAAAUCUCCGUGUAACGAAGAGAGGUAAGAAAUAAAGGAACAAUUCCCACAAAAAAUGCGAGCCACGGUUCACCCAAAAUCAUGUGCUAAAUAAGCAUUAAAUUACAGUACUUCUUCCGGGCAAAAAGUUGCCAGCGGACUUGAAAUUCUGCACCGCAAAAAGGCUUCUUGGUGAACAAUAAAAUCUGAUACUAAGUGGCUCUUGUGAUUGGAGCGUGACUCAUCAGAUAGUUCAACGUUGAAGGAGUGUGAGAAAAUAAUUUUUUUAAAAUUCGGAUUGCCCCCAGAAUUCGCUAUAAUGAUAAUUUUGAUUAUAUGAGUUGGUUUUACUGGUUAACUCUUAACACACAUGCUUUGCCAAGCGCACGCAUUGUCUCCGUCAACGAGUAAAUUAAUUUACUUUUAACAGUACGUGCCAUUAAUUGAACAAAUUAUGUAAGCAUAUAUGUCUAACCCGCAACAUAGAAUGUACUUUGCCGAAAUAACCAGCGGGGAAAAUAAAUAUAUGGUGACACUGAAGCAUGCAAACUCAAUACCAACUUUUAACC